AUGAUCGUCCCCCUGCGCAUAGGAAGAAGGCCUCCCCUACUCUCGGAUCACGGCAAGGCUCUCUUCAGUGGCGCAAAGAUUCCCAGUCUCCUCAUCCUGUGCCGCUGCGGCAGCUACCCGGCGGGGGAGGACGGCGGAAGAGCCCACAGUGAUGCAGAAGGUGUCGCCGGCCGAGUCUGCGACCUGCUCAGCCACGGAAGCUGGAGGCCGCUCAUGGCGUGCUCAGAUCUCCCCGGGAGGCUGAGUCCCGAGGUCGUGGCGGCGGUCCUCCGCCAUCGGAAACUGCGGAGCUCGGAUCCCCUUCGUCUCCUCGACUUCUUCCAUUGGUCCGAGUCCCAUUUGGGGGGAACUCCCCAGAAGCUGGAGUCCUUCUCCUCUCUCGCUGUUUCACUCUGCAACGCCGGCUUCCAUGGGGCUGCCAGUGGCAUCAUUGAGCGGAUGAUCCGGAGCGGCUCGCAGGUUCCUUCUGUUCUCGAUUCGAUCGCGUGUAAUUACGACCAGAACGAGGGAUCAAAUCCUGCGGUGUUCUCGGUUCUGAUCGACGUUUACAAGAAGAUGGGCAUGUUGAGGGAAUCUGCCGAGCUCGUCUUUCUAAUGGAAGGUAGGAAUCUGGCGCCUAGUUUGAGGUGCUUGAAUUCUCUUUUGAAGGAUCUGAUGAAGGCCAAUGUCAUGGAUUUGUUCUGGAGGAUUUACAGUUCAAUGCAAGCGGCAAAUUUAGGGCCGGAUGUCUACACAUAUUCCAUUCUAAUCGGAGCUCAUUUCAAGGCUGGGGACGUGAAUUCUGCGAAACGAGUCUUCUCCGACAUGGAGGACAAAGGUUGCAUCUCAAAUGAGGUAAUAUACAACACGAUGAUCGGCGGAUUUUGUAGACUCGGAGUCCUCGGGGAAGCUUUCCAGCUGAAGAAGGAGAUGGCCCAGAAGGGUCUACAUGCCGACGCUUUUACAUAUUCAGCUUUGGUGAAUGGAUUAUGCAAGAAUCGUAGAUCCGAGGAAGCAAAGUCUCUGCUGACGGAGAUGUCCAGCUUGGGCCUGACCCCUGAUAUCUCCGCCUUCACCGCUCUGAUCGAUGGGUUUAUGCAGGAAGGCAACGCGGAAGAGGCUUUCAGAGUGAGGGAUAUGAUGGUGGCCUCUGGUGUUCGUCCCAAUAUGAUCACCUUCAACAAUCUCAUCCGUGGUUUCUGUAAGAUGAGCAGGAUGGAGAAGGUGGUUGAGCUCUUGGAUGAGAUCGAUAGAAUGGGUUGGAAGCCGGACGUCAUGACUUAUAAUCUGAUCAUCGAGGGGCAUUUCCGCCGGCAAAAUCCGGAUGAAGCAUUCCAGAUUCUGGAGAAGAUGAAGAGGCAAAAUCUCCAACCUAACUUUCAUACCUACAAUGCGAUCGUCAAUGGUCUCUGCCACGGUGGAGGGUCGGAGCGAGCUGCUUCCAUCCUACAAGAGAUGACCGAACAAGGGCUGGAGCCAAAUGUUGCUCUCCACACCACCAUUAUCGCUGGUUUCUGCAGGGAAGGCGAUUUCGAGGGCGCAUCCAAGAUGUUCGACACAAUGUCCGAGAGAGGCGUUCUCCCGGAUGCCUUCUGCUACAAUGCUCUCAUUGCCGGUCUCUGUAAGGCAGGGAAGACGGAUGAAGCUCGCAACUGUCUUGUCCUGAUGCGCGAGAGAGGAUUGGUCCCCAAUGAAUUCUCAUACGGCGUUCUUCUUCACGGGUUCAGCAAGGUCGGGGAAAUGGAUGAGGCGGACAGGUGUUUCCAGGAGAUGCUAGCCGCCGGCUUAAAGCCCAACGAUGUCAUAUAUACAUCCCUUGUUGACGGGCACUGCAAAGCUGGAAACUUUAAGGAGGCCUUCUCCACCUUCCGUUCCAUGCUCGAGAGAGGGAUUCUCCCCGACGUGCAGGCAUACAGUGUCCUCAUCAAUGGCUUCUCCAAGGUCGGCAAGAUGGAGGAGGCCGUGCAAAUUUUCUCGGAGCUCCAGGAGAAGGGUCUUAAUCCCGAUGUGUUCAUCUACACCGCCCUGAUCUCUGGUUUCGGCAAGACGGGCGAGUUGCAGAAGGCCUUUCAGCUGCUCGACGAAAUGUCUUCGAAGGGCAUAGACCCGACCGUCGUCACCUACAACUCUUUGAUCGACGGUUUGCUGAAGUCGGGCGAUGUCGAGAAGGCCAAGGAAUCCUUUCAGGGCAUCCUCCAGAAUGGUUUGGCUCCAACUGGGGUGACUUACACAGUAAUGAUCGAUGGCCUGUGCAAGCUCGGUAAUAUACCUGAGGCAUUCUUUUUGUUCGAUGAGAUGCUCUCCAAGGGCAUCCCCGCUGACAAUUUCCACUACAAUGUCCUCGUUGCCGGGUGCUGCAAAGUGGGGAUGCUCGACAGGGCCCUAGAGCUGUUCGACGAAAUGUCCUCGAAGGGCUUUGCCAACACCCUCUCCUUCAAUACUCUGCUUGAUGGCUUCUGCAAGCUCGGGAAGCUUAAUGAAGCCAACCAGUUGCUUCAGUCAAUGGUGGAUAGGACGAUCAAGCCUAACAUCGUCACCUACACCACUGUGAUCGAUUGUCUCUGCAAGGCGGCCAAGAUGGAUGAGGCCAAGAGACUGUUUUUGGAGAUGCAGGAGAAGCAGGUCAUGCCCAAUGCAGUCACCUACACAUCUCUCAUUGACGGUUACAGCCAGGGAGGAAACAUGGUGGAAGCCUUCACCCUGUUCGAUGAGAUGGUAAAGAAGGGAAUCGUGCCUGACGACAUCACCUAUGGGGUGAUGAUUCAUGCUUAUUGCAAGGUAGGAGACCUGGCCCGGGCUUUUAAAUUGCAUGAGAAGAUGACGGAGUCAGGUGGGAAACUGGGUCUCUCGUCGUACGAAUCAUUGAUAAGUGGCCUCUGUGAGAAGGGAGAUUUCUCUGUCGCAUCUAGGUUAUUAAGGGGAAUGGCCGAGCAAGGAUUCAGGCCAAGAGAUGAAACCUGUGUGGCAAUAAUCCACGGCUUGCAUAACAUGGGAUAUGUGGAUGAAGCUAAGCAGCUUCUGGGGACGGCUGUGGACAGGGAUUGGAUGCCGAAGGACAUCUCCUUGAGUGAUCUAGCCAGUGCCUUAUGA